AUGAUGGUGCUAAGCCAAGCUCCCGGCGGAGCUCUCUCAACCAGAAGAUGUGCCACCACCUCCUCCAUACAAUUCACCCUCCGUAAACCGCCAUUGUUUCCUCAAUUCGCCCAGCCCAGCCGGAAUUCCCUCUCCGACCACCACCGGCGACGCCUAUGCCUAACCCUCUCCAAGGCUGAGGGCGGAGGAAUUGACGCCACCACUUCAGCAACCACACCGCCCGUCAUCGAAGAGCCAACACCCCGUCCUUCUCCUCCUCCGGCGGCGCUAGGGAGCACUGAUACUGUUUUCGUCGGUCAACAAAAUGUCCCUCUGGAAGGCGUUAUCCAGUUCGAGAAGCCUAGCUCUGCUUCUACUUCGCGAAUUGAGAAAUGGGGUCGGGUUGCUCUGCUUGCUGGAGGGGAUGUGGUGUCGUUGCUAAUUUUCUCUGCAAUUGGAAGAUUCAGCCAUGGUUUCCCUGUAUUUGACAUGGAGACAUUGAGAACUGCCGAUCCUUUUGUUGCUGGGUGGUUUCUUGGUGCUUACUUUCUUGGGGGCUAUGGUGAAGAUGGCCGUGGAAUGAAUGGUACUUCUAAAGCUGUUGUUGCAGCUGCCAAGUCUUGGGCUGUGGGGAUUCCCUUGGGGAUAGUCAUAAGAACUGCAGCAUCAGGGCAUGUUCCAGCCACUGCCUUUAUGUUAGUGACAAUGGGAAGCACUGGUGUUUUGCUAACUGGAUGGAGAGCACUGGCAUCCAGCAUUCUUCCUAAGAAGGACAGUAAGAAGGAUGAUGUGUACCGACGCGGCAACCCCUUUGAAUUGUUUGAGUUGCUCACAUCGUUAGUACGAAGGUGGUAA